AUGACUGCGUUGGAGGAAUCCCUUGCUGGCCCCAAACGGCAUAAACACUCUUGUUAUCAGUGCAAGCGGAGGAAACAAAAGUGUGACCGAAUAUGGCCCUGCUCGCCUUGCGCCACUCGUGUCGAGUCGAUGGAAUGCUCCUUCAGUGGUAACCCAUCACGUCGAUCUAUUACGAAGAGUUCAAAGGCAGCACGUAAAAUUCGCCGGCAGAAACUUGCGGCUGCAGCAGAGGCGGCUUCUCUUCAUACUGGAGAAGAAGCCAGCAGCGCAGUCGUAGUACAGGCAGCGGACAAAGAAGGGCGUCUUGAUGCAGGCCAUGGCUUAAACGUGGACGGUGAAUGCCAUGCGCAAGACGUCGGCAACAGCACUGCCGUGCAGCCAGACUCGCACCGCUGCGAAUGUCAAUAUCCCGCGGCACGUGAAGCUGAAGCAGAGGAGAAAUUGCCCCCCUUUGAAAAGCGACAUGACGAUCAAUACUCCAGAUCAGCUUCAGAUUGUGAACAGCUCCGAGAAGCCCUGAGAGCUCUCCCUCAACAACGGGAUCGUAUGGGUAUGCCUCGACUUUGUUUUAUUGAUGCGGUAGUGUUUGUGUUUGAGCUAACCGGCCAUUGUGGUUUCAAUGCAGAUGCGCUCGUUCUGAGCUUUUUCCAAAAUGUGAACCCCCACUACAGUCUGGUUCACCAAGCCGAAUUCGCCGCUGAAUAUGCAGCAUGGUGGGAAAAGCGAGCAAAGAACGAACCGUUACCAGUCCCAUGGACCUGCCUAUUACUUACUCUCUGCGCGUGCGCGUGUCAGCAUCUGCCUGUCGACAUACAAGAGAAGCUUGAAGAAAUGUUCCACGCCAAGUGCCAAUAUCUCACAGAAAAGUACCAUUACCAGGCACGAAUGCUCUACAAUGUGAUUCCCGAGGGUCAAUAUUACCGCCAUAAUGUCAUGUGGAUGCUGCAUUCGACCUAUUGGUUCAAAGCUGAGGCUCUGUUUACUGAAUGCUGCCACGUCUUCAUCACGGCCGUUAGAGAGGCUCAAGAGCUCGGAUUCAAUAGAGAAGAGUGUGGAGAGCACCUGUCGAGCUUUGAGCGCGAGAUGCGGCGGAGAGCUUGGUGUAUUAUAGAUUGCUGGGAUUGGCAAAUAGCUUCCGGACUCGGCCGAGAUACUCUUAUUGACCAUAGCAUGUGCAAUGUCCAGCGCCCAUCAUUAACAUUAGAAUUGGACGGACAAUUCUCCCCCUUGAUGCAUAUGAAUAUGCAGUCAGACUUGGUGCAUAAAUUGGCUGAACGGUUUCAUUCUCCUGCCAAAAUCAUUACACCUAUCGAGGUAAUGGAUUACAAGGAAAUAAUUGACGAAUGGAUGCGAAACUUUCCUGCCAUCUUUGCGCUGGAAAAUCCCGACACAUCACACGACGAAGAGCAACCUUGGAUCGAAUAUCACCGUUACUACAACUAUACCAUGGGGUUCAUGAUGCUUCUCAAUCCGUUUCGACAGCACAUGAGGCAAUCUUUCGAACAGGACACUCCAGAAGAGCAACUGGAGCUGCGUACUAUCGCCGUCAAUAUGUCUAUACGAUUAGUCAAAGUGUUGGACAACUGGAUAAAUUAUCUUACAUUUCGCGACGGACGGUUCCACUUCAUCAUAUUCUCACUUGUCGAUGCGGCAACGAUGCUGGCCGAUGUCAUCCGCAAUGAUAAAGCCAGGACUGCGACUCGUCGAUACGAAAUGUACCAGACACUCGAAAAAUCUCGCUUGCUACAAGGAAAGCUCCAAUGUCUCUCGAAAUCUGCGGACAAGGGAUUCAGAAUCGUUCACAAGACCUUUAAAAGACUGAUGAAAGACGCUCCCAAAGAGGAUUAUGUCUAUCUGCCAGAUGGGAAAGACGAUACUGAGCAAGAAGUGUUACGAGCUGCGAUGGAGUCAAUAUCACUUUCUGCGGAAAACCGCAUAGAUUCUGGAAAACAAAGGCGGAAAGCGAGAGAAGCUCUUGCUGAGGUAUAUGCUGCUAAACCGGGAUUGCAGUCUUUGCCUUUCAGCCAUGAUGAUGACUGCCAUGACUGUCAUGAAAAUCACGGACAUGAUGGAAAUGGCGUGCUCGAAUCUGCUCAUUACGGGAUAGCCGCGAAUGUAUUCCCUGAUCAUUAUGUGGCCGCAUCCGAAGAUCAUAGACUGCCAACGUCUUCAACUUACGAUCUAGCUGCGCCUGCUGACUACUCUGUCGCUGCUCCUCCGAUUGAUCUUGCGGCGACUUCCUCUUAUAUCGAACUUCCUCGGAACCCCGGUUACAAUGAGCCUCUACCUUUAGAAUAUGUCACGUCUGCGCCUCUUGAUUAUACCACAGCUGCGCCUCUGGUCGAUCCCGCAGCGGCUUCGGCUUACGUUGAGCCUGUUGCUUCAGACCAUAUCUUUUCUGCGUCCCCAGGUGAUGCUGGAGUUGCAUUCUCAAACAAUGCUAUUGCACCUAAUUUAUACGGGAAUACUUUACCUAUAGACUAUGGUGCAAUCGCCUCUUCUGGUUUUGACGCAUCUCUUCCCUUGGGCUAUUCUACCACUGUUUCUCCUUAUACCAAUGCUAUGCUUCCCGUGUAUAAUGCGUUUGCAUACUUCGAGAACACUGGAGUCAUGUCUGCAGACAACGUUGAUACGAAUCCUCCGCUCUUUUCUGCUCCCACAGCAUUCGGUAGUCUUGUAGCUCCUCAAAUCCAGCCCUUUCCGGGCUAUGGCGCUACUGCACUGGAUACUACUUAUGGGUCGUAUGACAAUGUUACAGGCCCUCAGGAUUUGUUGUCUAGCACUGCUCCUAUGACCUAUGCCACUCCUGCGACUUCUAUCUCCCAGUCAUCUCCCGAAAGCUACCCAUAUUCUGAGACAUAUGUCGCUCCUGCGUUGUACAAUACUGCCGCACCUUAUUCUGAUCCCACGAUUCACGUCGAUUCUGCUACAUCUUCCACAUCUCCUGAUUCGAAUCCUUCUUCCGCGAACUUUGAUGCCGCAGAAACUCACGCAGCCGCAAUAGUUACAGCGACCUAUGGACCCUAUUCUAUUGCAGGGUAUAGCGAAGAAAAUGCCCAGCAACCGCACCACUUUUAG